GUAAGGUAAGUUAGCAUUUACUCGUCAAAAUGCCUGGUCAAGUCUGGUUAUCUCUCUGUGUCGUUGUACUGGUGUUCGGUCACAUAAAUGCCGGGCUUGCUGAUAUAGGGAACUUAAUAGGCGGUGCUGAAAAUCUGGCAAAUGCACUUGGAACAUCUGGGAAUGGAGAGAUAGAUCGUGGUAAAGGGUGUGUAGUGACCUGGAACUUCAAAGGACAGUUAAUGGGAUUUGAAUGGAAGUAUAUCGGAGUAUGUGUUGAUAGAUGUACAGGGGAGACAACUACAUCUGUAACUCAGAGUAAAGGUGGUGCAAUUGAACAUUGUCUCCGAGAUUUGUUCCAGAAAUUGGCGGCUAAACAAGAAUUAUAACACUAAUUAUACAGAUAUUAUUCAGAAUAGACGAUACUCCACAAAACAGUUCAGAUAUACUCAUUUGUUAUUAGUUAAGUAUAAAGCUACUGGCAGCUCUUUUUCAAUAUAUAUGAGUUUCUUACAGAGAAAGCGUUUUUCUUAUAUUUUUCCACAAUGUUUAUAUUUUAAUGUUUUUACUUGAUUUGCAUCUUCUUUCGUGUGUAACAGCAAUGUAAUUAAAAAGGCAUAAGAAUGGUUAAUAUAUUAAAAAUAAUAAUCGUUGUUAAUAA